CGUCAUUGUAUCUUGAUACCCACUCACCUUCUCAGCAUCCUUAAUAUGACAGCGAAGGAUGCUCUCGAAAGUGGUAGAGACCCCCUGCCGAAUACCUAUUGAAGGCGGGUCCGUUGAGCUCGAGGCGGUGCUCGUGCGAGCCAAUCCCAGAUAUGACCGUUUAUCUGAAACUUAUGCUGUCGUGGCUCAUCCCUGGCCUGCUCUGGGCGGCACGAUGAGGGAUCGUGUCGUUACGAGGAUCGCCGUCGGUCUGAUUGCCAGAGGGAUCACGAUGCUGGUCUAUAACUCUCGUGGAACCGGAUCAUCCACCGGCAGAGCUUCUUGGACGGGAGAAGCAGAACGGCGAGAUUAUGGUGCGGUCGUCGAGUGGCUCGUCGCAACAGAGACGAAAAGUCGAGCAGUGAGCGCGGAUCGGGUCAAGCUGCUUUGUUGUGGCUAUUCGUUCGGCGCCCUCGCAGCGUCCGUCUACGCGCCCUCUCGGGACCUGCUAGACCAGCUCCAGAAAUCCCGCCCGGGCGCGACCCUGACGGUCCGACAUAUCCUGAUCUCGCCUCCAGUAGGAAUGACCGCAAUGUUUCUCGUCCCGUUCAAAUUCAGCUCGUACACGAGCGCUACCAAGCGAAUCAUCGAGGCUGAUUCUGGUGAUGAAACUGAAACUGAACCUAAAGUCUUGCUGGCGUAUGGAGACAGGGACCAGUUCUCGUCGACGUCGGAUUAUCAGCGCUACUUCGACAAGAUUGCAGGGUCCAGCGAGAAUGACAGGCUGACAGUGGUAGUCGUGGAGGGCGGGAACCACUUCUUCUCCUCUGAUGAACAUAUUAGGGCGUUAUGGGACGCCGUAGAUGCAUGGAUAUGACAAAUCGCCUUGAUUAAUACCGCACACGAACGAUCAGGUAUAAUCUCAUAUAAGCAGAAUCUCUAUAUGCUAUAACGUAAAACGGGCCGUGGCGGGUCUGUCCACCUCGACAAGCGAAGCGGACCGACAUGU